GGAGGGGGGACAAAAGAAAAAAAAAGGGGGGGGAUCGCUCCGGCGACCGGCGGCGAUUGGGACGGGAUGGACGGAGCCAAGCCGCCGCCGCCGGCGGGUGGGAAGCAGGAGCUGGAAGAGGCGCUGCUCGACAUCGUACAACACCACCACCACCAAUCCUUCCGCCAACGCCAACAAACUGAGAGAGCCAAGAAGGAUGCCUUGAGAAGCGCGGUGCGGGUGUCCGAUCUCCUCGUCGACACGGUCGACGGCGGGGUGCAGGAGCUCUUCGUCAACGAGAAGCGCAUCGAGCAUGAGGCCCGCGCGCUUGUCACCACUAUCGCGCGCUACAGGAAGCAGACUGACCAGUGGCUGGCUGCCACCAACGAAAUCAACUCAGUCUUGAAGGAAAUUGGAGAUUUCGAGAACUGGAUGAAGAUCAUGGACUUUGACUGUAAAAGUAUCAAUGCAGCGAUACGCAAUAUUCAUCAGUCAUGACUCUUACCUGCAAUCACAACUUUAGGAAGUAUUCAUGUCAUUAGAUGUGCUGAUUCGAAUCAUGCGAGCUGGAAACCCUCUUGUAUACAACGGCUUCCUGUUUUUCCGUACGAAACUGUAAAAUGAAUCCUUGCCAAGUAUCUCUGCUAUAAGUACCAUCUUUGAUCCCUUCAAUUCCAAAGUGACGAUAUUUGAUCAAAAUACACCUUGAUCUGGUCAAGUCUUCCUAGUGUUAUUCUUGUGCCAUUAUCGGAGCAACUUUUGUCCGUGAGCUUGCAUGCUCAAGAUAGAUGCGGAAACACUGAAAGGUAAGAUCAAUUACUGCAUUAAAAGUAUUCUUCGUAUCAUUUUAUUCCUUGCACAUGUAUGCUUUGAAAGCAGUGAAUACAUCUUUGGAGUAGACUACUGCAUCAUGAAAGGGACACUUCUCCUUUCAAUGAUGAUUACAAGGUACUAAACCACACACCAGCACAGGCGGCAAUAAUGUGAGUCCUAGUUCACCUUCCUGCAGUUUUUCCUUAUCUGUCCACUUGAUCCAGUGAGGGGACUAAUGUUGCUCAUCUUCACCAUCGCCGCACUGAAAUCGGUGAAGAAUUUUGCCAUGUUUGAAGAGUAGGUGGUAGUCUGGGAGUCUGCUGAGCCUCCAUUGAACAAUUGCUGAUCAGAAUGCAGAACCCCUUUCUUGUUCAGCAAGUUCUUGUAGUAGAAGUUGUCAAAAACAUAGGGUGUUGAGGCAUCAAGGGGGGAAAUAUUAUUGUCGCCAGUCUUGUUUGGACAAUUUGAUUUCAGUGAUGUUACAAGGGAUAUGUCAAUGUUAGUUUCGCUGUAUAUGCGAUCGCGGAAGUUGACACAUCUGGCUUGCCCAAUGGUGUGCCCUCCUGGUAAUUUUUGGUUUCAUGUCAGUCUUUAUUCAGUAGUAGUACUAUUGGCAUUCAAGGAACAAAUCUAGCUUGGACUGAUUUAUGAACCAGGCAUAUGGUUAAUGACAAAAAUUGCAGUCUUUCAGUACCUGAGAGUGCAAUCAUGUCAGUUGUACUUAGUCCUUUGUUUGAGAACAACUUGAUAAGAUCACUGAGGUCAAGGGUUGGUGCUGGGAUGUCAUUGUUUGAAGUGUCUAGGCUUGCUGUCAUUGAGUCCCUCCUUCCCAGAUUGACAACCCAAGUAGGGCCUCCAAGCUGAAAUAGAAAUUGUCAACUUUUAGUAUUGUUUGUUUGUGUUGGAAUGCGUGAAAUAUGCUUAGUCAAUCAGUUGCUAUGGAAUCUCUGGAUAUCAUGGAGUGUUGACUUUAGUAGUUUAGUUUAGUGCUUCCUGAUGCUUUGUUUUGGUAUAUGUUUAUCAAUUUAUCAUAGUCUCUUAAACAUAAAGAGCUUUGCCAUCAUCGUUUCAGUUAAAAUGAGUACAAGCACUCCAUUGUAGUUUGCUGCAUGUGGUUCAGAAUCAACAUUUAAUUUUUUAAACUAAUUUUAGAUGUUGUUGCUUUUUUUGUUUUGGCUUACCGCAACAACGGAAUCGCAUGCUGCAACAGCAAGGAUGUCAGCGCAUGAUACCACCUGCAGGCAGAUCCCCUCAAUCUGUGCUUUGAUGCUGUCGAUCACAUCAAAUCCACGCAGGGAAUUGUUGUUAGGAACAGCGCUCUUCUCCCCUGUGAAGGUUGGGGUGUCAUCAAGCAGCACGGAGCCAUCGCAACCCUGUAUAUUUAGCAUUUCCAUGUUAAUGAUCCAGAAAAUGCAAGUAUGAAACUAUCUGCAGAUUUGGUGACACUUGCAUUGACAAAGCAGUCAUGGAAGUGGAGGCGGAGCAAAGAUGCACCCAUGCGGUUCUCCUUGGCCACAGCAGAUCCUACGGCUGUUUGGAUGGUGUACAGUGCAUUUGGGCAUGACUUGUCAUAGAAAUUUGCAGUAAGCUGAGCUGAAACUAAGCUUGCAGCCAAGAAGAAGGCCAAGACACUGCAAGCGAGGGGUUUAUGGGAGGCCAUUUUGCUCUGGGCUUUAGAGCAGUGUGUUGGCCAGUGUCAAUGUGCGCAGAUAUUUAUAGGCAGAAUAUUUUCGCAUGCUAAGUUUCUAACUUUAUGCUAGUGGCUUUGAAUAUUCCUUAAUUUUCUUCAUCGGGCUAAGUGGAGUGGUCUGUACUCCUAAAGCACGUUGUAUUAACAGAUGUGAUCGGACACAGGCAUGACUACAUUGACUUGUAUAUUAUGUGGUUUACUAUGCCAACUACAGUUAGUCCUAA